AGCACCAAAACACCUCCUGGUGGCAUUCUCUCGAGGAGAACUGGUGCAGAGGUGCAGGUUCGGUCCCAGCGUUGCAUUGAGUCUCUCUCGAGUUAACAGCAAAGGCAGCCGUGUCUGCUCACUAAUUCGCAGCCAGCAGCAGCAGCAGAGACUGUGAUAACCAUGGCUUGCGAGGGGAGCCCUCCCUUUUCAACAGAAUCACCAGAGAAUGAUGCUGAUUCUCCACUCCUGCUGAAGAAGGGUAUGUCGAUUUUCCUGGACAUUUUACGGAGAGCAGACAAAAAUGAUGAUGGCAAGUUAUCGUUUGAUGAAUUCAAGGCUUACUUUGUAGAUGGAGUUCUCAAUACAGAUGAGAUGCAUGAACUGUAUCUAACCAUUGACACCAACCAAACUGGUAACAUAAAUAUUGAGGAAGUAUGUGAGUACUUUUCGCAACACUUGGGAGAGUAUGAGAAUGUACUGUCAGCACUGGAAGAUUUGAAUAUCUCAAUCCUGAAGGCAAUGGACAAAACAAAGAAAGAUUAUGAGGAUUCCUGUAAUCUGGAACAGUUUGUGACUCGGUUUCUUCUGAAGGAAACAGUGAACCAGCUUCAGUCCCUGCAGAAUUCCUUGGAAUGUGCCAUGGAAACCACCGAGGAGCAAACCCUUCAGGAAAAGCAGGGUCCCGUGAAACCUGAAGUUCUGUCGAUUCAGUGGUCGGGAAAAAGAUCUAAUCGGAGACUUCAGAGAAACAACAGCCUGUCUCCAAACAAUUCAAAUUUCAGCUUCUUAAGCUCAGGCCCCCAGAUGGAGGAAGACAACCAGUGGAUGACCCAGAUAAAUAGACUGCAGAAGCUGAUUGACCGCCUGGAGAAGAAGGACCUGAAGCUUGAACCACUGGAAGAAGAAGUAUUGGAGGGAAACACCAAAUCACACAUCCUGAUUGUUCAGCGUCAGAUAUCUGUGCUAGAAGAGGAGUUGGAAGAAUUUCGUCUAGCUUUGAGGCAGUACGUAGAGUCUGUUACUCCACAAACGGGGGCUUUGCACAUUUCAGUGCAGAAGCUUUCAAAUGAACCCCGUUUUAUACUGUAUGAAUUUUGGGAAAACAGCAAUCUCUGGAAAAACCAUCUUCAGACAAAUUAUAGCAAGACCUUUCAAAGGAGCAACGUAGAUUUCUUGGAGACACCAGAACUAAUGACAACAAUGCUUGUUCCCGCCUCUUGGUGGGUUCUGAAUAAUAACUGAAAAAUUGUGCUCAGCUGUCGCAGAGAAUUUGUGCAAUGUCUAGUUUUACGUAAAACAUGUAUUGAACUGGCAGAUCUUGUAUUGGAAUGCUAGGAACUAAUCAACCACGUAAAAGUGAUCCAUUCAGAAAUACUAGGUAUAAUCAACAUGAUAAUGAAUAUAUGGCAGGAAUUAAUGUGUUAUAGUAAAUAAACUGUUGACCAUACAGCAAUAUAUAAUUCAUAAGUAGCAAUGCUCAUAUUUAAAAGUGUGUAUUGUUUGUAUCACCAACUUGUACCACACAACUGUGCUUUUUUUUACACUCUGUCAAAGACAGAGCAUUACCCUCACCUAUAUUUACGGACUUGGUUGGAAAUAAUAGUCCACAAGUAAAGGGCAGCUUCCCUUGUUACUGACUUCACUACGUCCAUGUUAGAGGCAAGUAACACCUUUAAUAAUGGGAGAUGGAUUAGUGAGGUGGGGGGGGAUUAAGUUGUACCUUUCUAUUUGUGCACAAUUGGGACUAUAUUGUGAUCUGAUUAUGCGAUGGAUUUACAGGGUAGGAAGGGGAGGGCACGGAGGGACUAAUCUGGGUACAAGGAUAAAAGCAGAUACCAGGCUCAAAUUGCUGAGCUGGGUUUGUCUCCCAAAAAUAUAUCCGCCACCUAACCCUCUCAGGCUGUUGCUGAGAAUGAGGGCCAUGAUGUCUCGCUGUCUGCUAUGGUGAUUAGACUGUAGCCCCUCGAUCAGACAAUUACAACUGAAUAUUAUUGGUAACUUUAAAACACUGCAUUUUUGUUGUAUCAAUGUAAUUGAUAUUGCUGCUACUGUUAGCUUUCUGUUUGUUUAGUUUUGUUCAGUUCUUGUUUCUGUGAUAUAUUUCAGUGGUUUGGUUACUAUUGUUUAUUGUAUCUUCAAUAUUCUUUUUUAAAAAAGUUAGUGGUUUGUCAAUGAAUUGUUAAAUAGAGAACACAUUUACGCUAAGAUCAAGUCAUCAGGUUACCAACUCAGACCACAGCUGGCUGCUACCUGACAGCAUCUAAUCCUUUAGUUCAAUAUUGAUAGAGGAAAAAUAUUAAAUCAUAUUUUAGAUGCAAAUUAUUUUAAAUAGUGUUCGAGGAAUUUCAAGUAUUCAAGGUAUUUUAAACUAAAAUGAUCAGGGUAUCAUACAAUUAACUCAAACUUGAUUUUUUUUCUAAGCUAACCCCAUUGAAAAGCAGCUUGAGCGGGUGCUUGUGUGGUAUAAAUUAUGAAUCAUAGCAGUUUUAGACAUAUUCAGCUUUAUCAAACACAAUGGGAACUAAUGUAUUGAUAGUUGAUUUAAUUGUAUCUGUGGAAAGCACUUUAAAACCAGUGUGUUCUAUUCUGUAAUUGAAAAUAAAUAAUUACUUCUCAUACGAAUAAAAUAUGUAAGCCACAAGAAAUCAAAUAUAUUUGAUUUCUUCCACAUGUAUACUCAUUUUUUAUCUUUAGUGUUGAUUGGUUUAUUAAAAUUGUUCUACAGUGAAACAAAUAUAUCUGUUUUUGUCUCUAAAAGGAAUAUGUUCAAAGGAUACGGAAUGGAAUCAGAUCACAAUAGAUAUUGAUCUGAAUUCAAUGUCCAGAGAUAUAACCGAACAGGCAUUAAUAAAGUCAAACA